AUGUGGCGGCGUACUUACCUGCUUCUGGUUCUGAUACGGCUGUGGUUCGCCCUGUCACCCAGCUAUCUACACCCCGACGAGAAUUUCCAAGGCCCAGAGGUCAUCGCCGGCCAGAUUUUUAGUUAUCCUGUUCGACGGACCUGGGAGUUUACGAGCGAGCACCCGAUUCGAAGCGUAUUCCCAUUAUGGCCCGUCUAUGGGCUGCCGAUGCUACUGCUCCGUUGGCUGUGGAUCGGCAAUGGAAAUGAUGGCGAAAUUCCACCCAUCGCCGUAUUUUGGACUUUGCGCGUCCUUAUGUUCUUGAUUAGCUUCGUCUUGGAGGACUGGGCCCUUCACGAACUGAUACCUUCGCCGCGACAUCGUCGCGUUGCCGUGCUAUUGGUUGCUUCGUCAUAUGUCACUUGGACAUAUCAAACACAUACUUUUUCGAAUUCAGUGGAAACUUUGGUUGUAGCAUGGAGUUUAGUUUUGAUUCAGCGUAUUGUGGAUACUCGGCAACAAUCAUCCCUCUUGUCUUCAACAGUGCUUGGAAUUGUUGCCGUUUUUGGCGUAUUUAACCGAACCACUUUCCCAGCAUUUUUAUUGAUUCCCGGCCUUCGUUUGAUACCCCAUUUUUGGAAUAAACCUUUGUCUUUUGCGGCCCUGGCCUCGGCUGCGUUAAUAACCACUGUAAUCGCUAUCGCGCUGGAUACCGCUUUCUACUCAUCUGAACCCGUCACAUGGACCGACCUAAUUCGCAAACCUACCAUCACACCACUCAACUUCUUCCUCUACAACUCCGACACUUCAAAUCUUGCCCAGCAUGGCAUACACCCGUGGUAUCAACAUCUAGCGGCAAACCUUCCGCAGCUACUUGGCCCGGCCGCUAUUCUGCUCUUUGCCAAGCCUCACUUAUCGCUGAGACUAUACUCCGCCAUCUCCGGACUUUUCGUUUUGUCCAUCUUCCCUCACCAAGAGGCUCGGUUUCUUUUGCCAACCGUGCCCCUUAUUCUUUCAUCGGUUGAGUUGCCCAAAAACAAAACCAUGUUGCGCGCUUGGGCAGGAGCAUGGAUUCUUUUCAACCUUUUCUUUGGGGUAUUGAUGGGAGUAUACCACCAAGGCGGCGUCGUUCCUGGCCAGGUGUUUAUGAGCAACCAGCCUGACGCAACUCACGCAAUUUGGUGGAAGACUUACACACCGCCAAUAUGGCUGCUCAACGGAAAGAACGAGGUUCUGCGAACUCAAGAUGUGAUGGGUCUCAAAGGCGACGCAUUACUGGCUCAGCUCAACGAGCUUGCAACGUGCGAUACGCCGGCUGAUCGACGAAACCGAGAGUACCUAAAAGAAAAGAAUGGGACCUAUUUGAUUGCACCAGCUUCAGCAACAUGGCUGGAUCCAUACCUGAAAAAUAAAGGAUUGCAAGGCUUGCGAUUUCGAGAGGUUUGGCGUUACAGAAAACAUCUGAAUUUGGAUGACCUUGAUUUUGGAGAUGACGGUGUUUGGAAUACACUGUCGCGAGUGAUUGGUCGUCGGGGUUUGAUUGCCUGGAGGGUCACCAAAAGCUGUCCAAAAUGA